AUGAGUCACUCACUAUCACGAUAUGAAAUCAUCGACUCCUUGGAAGCAAUUCUCAGUGCCCAAUCCGAGGGACACUGGGAUACGCUAAAAUCUUUACUCCAGCCAACCGUGGCGGUCAACAACAACUCUCUACAACGAGACACAUUCAUCGCCCAUCUGCGCUCUGAUGUCGAGAAUAAUAAUACUUCUUCAAAACUCGACAGCUCUGUUAUAGACGUCAACGCGCAGGCCAUUGCUGCCAGAGUCAUCAAGACCCAGUCUACUUCAUCAGAUGAGAGCUUCCAGUAUCAAGAGAUUGUGUUAGCAUGGUUCACAGAUGGUCAACUCUCAGCCAUCAAAUCGCUACAAGAUAAUGAUUCUCGACGUGCCAGAGAACCUUCAGCGACGAGCACACCGGCACAUCUCCUGGAGAGUUUCAACCCCACGACUGUUGAUCUCGAUUCGACUUAUCGCCAAUACAUCGGAAGCAUCAACGAGAAGACAAUGGAGACCACUUUUGAAACAUUUUGCAAGCCGCUGGUGACGCACAAUACCCACGAGAAAACCAUUGCGGAGUACAUAUCCCUGAUCCAAGAAAGUCAAGAAGCCAUUCAGGGCUUGUAUUUUGACAUCCAGGAUCUGCUCGUCGAUAAGCAGUCUGGUCGAGUUGCUGCUAGGCUGGAAUUUACAGGUGUUCCAGUCAAAACUUGGGCUGACGUCAAGCCUAAUGGACAAGGGGUCAAUUUUCAUGAACAUGUCAUGUAUUGGUUGGAGGAAGGCAAAAUUCACUGGGUCUGGUCUAUUGUGGACUUGGAUACAUACCGAGAACAGUGUCGCGGUAAAGAUUAG